AUGGCCUUCCAACUAGCUAUACGAAACAAUAUUGCCCACCCUUUUUCGCAGGAAACAAAAAGUGCAGGAAGGAAAUGGAUACGGCUGUUUUUUAAACGCCAUCCUGAGUUGUCAUUACGGAAACCACAACCCUUGUCCUUGGCCAGAAUAAAAGGAUUUUCACCUGAAAAUGUGAAAAGGUUUUAUGAUAUUCUCAAGCCAGAACUAGAGCGCGUUAAUUUCUCAUCAACUCGGGUAUUUAACGUCGACGAGACUGGUGUAACAAGUGUACAGCACAAGAGCAUGCGAGUUGUACCUUUAAAGGGGAAAAGAGAAGUUCAUAAACUGUCAUCUGCCGAAAGAGGUCGCCUCAUAACCAGUGUUGCUUGUAUGUCAGCAUCAGGAAACUUUGUUCCUCCAAUGCUGGUGUUCCCACGGAAGAGAAUGAAGCCUGAACUGAUGGAUGGAGCUCCUCCUGGCAGUAUUGAUGCUUGUCAUAUUUCAGGUUGGAUACAGACAGAUUUGUUUACUAAAUGGUUUACACAUUUCAUUUCUUACGUGAAACCAACUAAAGAUGAUCCAGUGGUGUUGAUUCUUGAUGGCCACACAACUCACACUCGCAAUUUAGACUUGAUCGAUCUAGCUCGUGAAAAUGGCGUCUCAUUGGUGUGCCUCCCUCCUCAUUCUUCAGACCACAUGCAACCUCUGGAUAAAACGUUUAUGAAGAGCUUCAAGACUUACUACGCUCAGAAAAUUGAGAACUGGCUGCAAGUCUCAGGCAAAGAAGAAGAAGAGAAAACAGAAAAAAAGGGAUGCCGUCUCCUGACUCAACUGAUGACGACGAAGACCCACCCUAUGUGUCAACGGAUGACAAUGACAGUAGUUAUGGUGAUGGUGAUGAUGGUCAAUGUGGACUUUGUGAUGGUUUUUACUCAAGUGACAAAAAUG